ACAGGGGAGGAAGGAGUAUAUGUCGUAGGUCAAGAUCAUCUGCCGGUUGCGCCACCGCAACUUGGUGCAGCUCGUAGGUUGGUGCCCAUGUGCCAUGACCGCCAGAAACUCCUCCUCGUCUACGAGUUGGGGUGACGGUGGCUUGGCCUCGGCUCUGCUUUAUCUCCACGAGGAGUGGGAGCAGUGCGUGGUGCACCGGGACGUCAAGCCUAGCAACGUCAUGCUGGACUCGGCGUUCAAUACCAAACUCGGUGACUUCGGGCUCGCGAGACUCCUCGACCACGAUGGCGGGGCGCAGACGACGACGGUGUUGGCCGGCACGAGAGGGUACAUGGCGCCGGAGUACAUUUUCACCGGCGAGGAGGGAGAUGAGUCUUGAGGCGGCGGAUGCGAGGCUAAGGGUGAAUUUGAUCGGAGACAAAUGGAAUGCCUGAUGGUUGUGGGGUGAUCGGAGAGAAAUGGAAUGCUCGAUGGUUGUGGGCUCUCAUCCUGAUCCAAAAGCACUGCCGUCCAUGGAACAAGCUAUCAGUGCUCACAACUUUGAGGCUCCGUCCCCAGAACUUCCUCCGGCGAUCUUCGAGUGCUCCAAUGAAUUCUAGGAAUGAUACCAACUUUUGACCACUUCUCCUCUGCAUUUCCCUAAAGCAGAAUUGGAAGAUGGUAAUCUAAAAAUGCUACUUUUGUAUUAAUCUAAUG